UCUCCCACUUUUUUUUGUACAACUCCCAAUGUAACAACCUCCCAUUCACCCUUUAACAAUGGACACCCCCACAGCCACCCUCCCCAUCCACCCCCCCCACAACUGGUCCGGCCCUAGCGCCCCCAUGAAGCGCCCCAAAGAAAUCGCCUGCUUCUCCUACACCCCCUCCCACGAAUACCGCCCCGACGCCUCGGGAUUGCGGUACUACUACCCCCCCCGGCUCGGCGCAGAUCUGUGUAAGGGGUUUGAGACGUUUGAGAAGCUAGAUGAGAGCCAGGAUGACCAUUUAGACAGUUUGUUGAAGACGAUUGUGGGGGUGGAGAGGGAGAGGGGGGGGAAGGUGGAGGUGGAUGUUGUGACGUGGAGGGGGAUGAUGACGAAGUUGUUGGCAUGUCCUUUUGAGGAUCGGGAUGGGUUUGAGAUGAAUGCUACGUUUUACCAAGGCACGAUAUUCAUUGAAGAAAACCACGAAUACAAAGUCCAAAGACAAGCGCGACAGAGCAGGUUUCAAACAGCCCCCGGCCGACCAAGUCAAGACAUGAUGUCGUACUGGGGCUAUAAAUUCGAAACCCUCUCCCUCCUCCCCGACACCUGGGACGCCACGUCCCGCGAGUACAUCGAAGGGCGGGAAGACCAAAUCGUCAAUAACGCCGCGCAAUACUGUUCCGUGGUGCAAACCGGUAUUGGCGACACCUCCCUCAUCAUCGGCGGAGAGGUAGACGCAAUCUGGGAUUCCAAACCCCCCCCCCCAACCAGCUCCACCAACUUCGUCGAACUAAAAACCUCACUCGACCCCAGCUCCCCCCGGGACCUCCAAACAUUCGAGCGCAAACUCCUAAAAUUCUGGCUCCAAUCCUUCCUUUUAGGCGUCCCAAAGAUAAUCGUCGGAUUCCGGUCUGCCAACGGAAUACUCAGACGACUGGAGGAGUUGGAGACGGCUAAGAUUCCGGGGAUUGUGAAGAAGAGGGGGGGGUGGGAUGGGAAUGUUGCGGUGAAUUUUGGGGCGGGGGUGCUGAGUUUCUUGAGAGAGACGGUGGUUAGUGAGGGGGUUUGGAGGAUUAGGAGGAAGGAAAAGAGUGGGGUGGUUGAGUGUUGGAAGGUUGAGGAGGUGGGACAUGGGGAGAUUUUGUCGGAGGAAUUCAUUAAUUGGAGGAUUAAGCUUGCGUUGGGGCCGGAGGGGGAGGUGAACGGGGAGAGCGAGGCACCGAGCGAGGAGCAGGAGGGCGGGGAGGCGUAGGCAUGGAGACAGGGAGGGAGGGUGGUGUAUCAAUAUAUUGGU